AUGCCAGACAAUUAUCUUUCUGACACUAGCGACGCCAAGACGGUGCAAGAUUCGGCCAGCAAACGUCUCACUGUCACCUUUGAAGAUGUCGGUAUCCAAGUCUCUGGCGAAGGAGAAAAUUUCGCUUCGACAUGCUUAUCAGUUGUCACUGGUAUCUUCCAAUUUGGAAGACGAAAGUCCUCGAAAAGACAAAUCUUAGAGGGAAUCACUGGCCAAGUCAGCCCAGGAGAAAUGCUCUUGGUCGUCGGGAGACCUGGUUCAGGUUGUACAUCUCUCCUGAAAGUGUUGUCAAAUCACCGAAGCGAGUUUGAUGAGGUACAAGGCCUGGUUCAGUACGGCAACGUUGGACAAGACACUGCAAAGGAAUUCCGUCAUCAGCUGGUAAUGAACACCGAAGAUGAUUUACACUUCCCUUGCCUCAAGGUUUCCGAAACUAUGAGCUUCGCAACUUCCGCCAAAGUGCCCAAGACCCGACCGCAGCAUCUGACGACAAAUGAGUACGUGGACCAAACCUCAACAGAAAUUCUUGAGUCACUGGGAAUCGGCCAUACCAAGAACACAAUCGUUGGUAAUGAGUAUGUUCGAGGUGUAUCUGGCGGCGAGAGGAAGCGAGUCUCUGUGGCUGAGGUCAUGAGUACGCAAGCUCCUGUUCAAUGCUGGGACAAUUCGACUCGAGGUCUCGACGCGUCAAAUGCUCUUGAUUUUGCCCGCGUGCUUCGAAAGCAGACAGACGAGCAGCAACGAACGAUCAUCGCGACCCUUUACCAGGCUGGAAAUGGCAUUUACGACCAAUUCGAUAAAGUUCUCGUCCUUGCCGAUGGUCGUGAGAUCUACUAUGGUCCGUCGGCUGAGGCAAAGCAGUAUUUUGAGAACAUGGGCUUCAAAUGCCCCCCUGGUGCCAACAUCGCGGACUUUUUGACUUCUGUUACCGUGGACACGGAGCGUGAGAUUAUCCCCGGAUAUGAAGAAACAGUUCCUCAAACGGCCCACGAUUUCGAGCAGCGAUACAAAGCGAGUGAGACGUUCCGGCGCAUGAAGCUUCUCGCCAAGUCCAGAACCCAGGAAUCGCUUGCAGCUGAGGUUGACGGUCUCCGAAUCGCUAAUUCUGGAGAGAAGUCUCGCACUGUUGCAGCUCUCUCCAGAACGACCAGUCCGUACUUGGUCUCCUUCUUUCAACAGGUUUGGAUCUGUGCCAUCAGACAGUUUCAGAUCUUGUGGGGAGAUCGGUUCUCAAACGGCCUUCAGCUGGCGUCAUCCUUAGUUAUGGCUCUUGUGACUGGUAGUUUGAUGUAUAACCUCCCCGAUGACAGCACCUCUAUUUUCCGAAAGCCUGGAGCUUUGUUCUAUCCCAUCUUACUUUGGUGCCUCAAUAAGAUGGCCGAGACGGCAGCGUCCUUCGAGGGCCGAUCCAUCCUCACUCGACACAAACGUUUGGCUUUUACUCGACCCGGCGCUUAUGCUCUUGCUUGCGUCCUUACCGACAUUCCUUUCGUUAUCCUCAUGUUCAGUCUGUUCAACCUGAUCUACUAUUUCAUGGUAGGUUAUCAGUAUGACGCUGGCAAGUUCUUCACCAAUUGGUUCGUCUACCUUGUCACCACUCUGUGCUUUACUUCCCUGUAUCGCACGAUCGGCGCAUGGUGCAAGAAUUUUGGUCUGGCUUCUCAAAUCAGCGGUUGGAUUACCAUGGCAAUGAUGGUUUACGCUGGAUAUCUUAUUCCCACCACGAAGAUGCACCCUUGGUUCCGCUGGAUAGCAUACAUCAAUCCUGCAAGCUACUCUUUCUCAGCUGUCAUGGCCAGCAAGAUGGGAAAUCUGGAGCUAUCAUGUGUCGAGCCUCGAUUUGUGCCUUUUGAGUCAGGCUACGACGACGAUCGCUUCAGGAGCUGUACCGUGAUAGGAUCAAGCGGGGACCAGAUCGAUGGUGCAUCAUACUUGAGCCUACAAUAUAGUAUUGCUCACACUGAGGUCUGGAGGAAUGUUGGUAUCAUUGUAUCUAGUCCUUUGCAACACGCUGCUUCUUCUUUGGUGGCUCAUCCACUCCAUCAUCGCGCCCAGCCUCAUCAUCCACCGAGUUGGGAUCCUAUUCAACUCCGGCUUCAUGAAUCAAGUUCUAAUGUCCAUUAG